AUGGAUAGAAGUAGAGAGGCUGGAGAGCAAGGGGGAGUUGCUGGUGGAGGAGUGGGGACUCACCAACCAGCCAACCCUACGCUACCCUCAACUUCUACACCAUCUCCUACAACCGUGGAUCCAGUGAAGGCUUUCUCUAUUAAGAAAUUCAUGGGGGAGGACUACGAGCACUGGUGCUUCCGCAUGAGGCUGAUGUACACCCAAUACAAGCUAUUGGAUCUGGUGGAGGGGAAGGAGAAGAUGUCGGAGGCCGCGGAGCUGAAAGGAGCGUGGUCAUGGUCUGCCCUAGCGAUCAACCUCAACUCCCAACAACCCCAAUGGAGCGUGGAUUACAUUCGCGCGCACAUCUUAGAGGAGGCCUUGCGGCAGCGGAGUGUGGAGCGCUCGGAGGAGGGGGCUGGCUAUGGAGUUGGAGGUGGAAAGAGUGGCUUCAAGAAGAAGUGGAAGGGCAAAAACAAUAACAACCCUAAGGAGGAUGGCGGCGGGGGUCAAGGGGAGAAAUCGGGCAAGGCGGCAAUAGCGGCAUCUAUGGAGGAGAGCGUCACCGAGGAGGAGCAGCAAGAGCUGACCAGUGACCACAGUGGCGGUGGUGAGCAGCAAGGUGCUGGUCCUGCUGCGGAGGAGGGGUUGGAGGAUGAGUCGGCACGUGUGGACUUACCAUCUCAGCUCGAGCCUGCUGCGAACGCCAAGGUUACCAAGAGGAGUGUGCAGAGAGGAGCUUCACCACAUGGGCAGCAGAUUGCAACCGGCGAGAAGAGAGUAGCAGCAGCACCCUCAAGGCUGAAGUAUAGCCGUUUGGGAGGACCCAAGCAAGGUGCCAUGGCGGUUCAGGCGGAUGAGGGAGAGGAUGAGGAGAUGGCAUUCUGUUUCUUCACACCCUUGCCUGGAGAACCAGCCACAGUAGUGUUGGUGUAA